AUGCAAGUGCCGGUUCUCGGCUGCACUUUCCUCACGCUGUCAGAUCGUGAGGAAAGUACUGCCGAGAACCGGCAGUUGUCAGAGCGGGGAUCGGCACCGAUCAUCAGGGCACUGAUGAUCAGUGCCCUGAUGAUCGGUGCCCAGCAGUGCCACCCGCAAGUUCCGCCCACCUGUGCCCAGCAAUCACCCACCUGUGUCCAGCAGUGCACCCACCUGUGCCCAGCAGUGCACCCACCUGUGCCACUCUGCAGUGCCACCUACCUGUGCCCAGAAGUGCCACCUACUUGUGCCCAGCAGUGCCACCCACCUGUGCCCACCCACCUUUGCCCACCAGUG